UCAGGGACCGGAGCGAUGGGACAAGGGGUGAUGGGUUCAAACUGGACCAGGGGAGGUUGAGGUUGGAGAUAAGGAAGUUCCUCUGGAAUGGCUUGAACGGGGAAGCUGCGGCUGCCCCAUCCCUGACAGUGUUCAAGGCCGGGCUGGAGCAACCUGCUCCAUGUGAGGUGUCCCUGCCCAUGGCAGGACGCUGGAGCUGGAUGAUCUUGAGCUCCUUUUCCAGCCCAAACCACAGGGAGGCUUUGAGGCUUCCACACACGCGUUGCUGCUCCAGGUAGUAGCGAGGUGAGGAUGUGCUGGGGCUGCGUGCGUGGGGCUGGGCAGGUUCCACCCUCCCCAGCAGCACCAGUGCUGGUCCCACUGGUCAGACUGGCUGCUCUGCCGGCCUCUCCCAGAGCACUUCCCUCUGAUCACCGGCCGGUGUUGGGAAUGCUGUUGGGAAUGCCGGGCUCUCAGAGUGAAGGGAGCCGGAUGCUCCGUCACUUCUCUUAACACCGUGUUGUUCUCACCCCGCAGCCCCUGUCCCUGCUCCUGCCCCAGCGCCAGGUACUGGGGACCCUCUUUAACCCCUUGUGUGGCACCUUAACCGGAGUUUGCUGUUUGGGGGGGGCAGGGGGUGCAGUUACAUUAACCCUUAACAGCCUGCGGGGGGGGGCAGGUCACUGCAUGGAGCCAGGAUUCGGGAUCCUGUGUCCCACAGGGCUGGAGGGGGCUCUGCCAGAGCAUUAGAUUGGACUUGGAUUCCAAUCCUCAGUGGAUCCUUGUCCCUCCCCAGCCCAGGAUGGGAUUUCCCAGCCCCUGGAGCAGCGCUGGGGGUCUGGCCAGGCCUCCAUGGAGCUUGUGGCAACCCCUUUGGGAGGGAAGAGCCAAGGGCAGAGCCCAGCGUUCCCGGUGUUCAGUGCCAGGCUUUGAGUGGGGGAACCUGGGGGGGGGCAGAACUGAUCCUGGCCUCGGGGUUUGGGUGCUGCUGCUCCUGUGCUGGUUCCUAGAAGGGGAUGAAGGUCCCGUCUGUGCUGGUGCAUUGGGUGAUGCUCCUUUGCUGGGGGGGGGCUGAGGCCAUGCUGCUUCUCCCCCCCAUGCUCCCUUCUCUCAUGGGUUCACUCUCUUUCUCUCCUGUAGCUGUUCCUCACGCUGCUCCCUCCCCAGCCCAGGCUCUCCCAGCAGAGCUGCCCAGUCCCACCACUGCUCUGCUGGCCCCCCCGGGCCCCCGGCCUCCCAUUUCCCCCCCUGUGGUCCCGGCUGCGGCCAUCCCCGUGUUCUCUGUCCCCCCCCAGCUCCCUGCCCCAGCUCUGCCGGGCCCGGUCACCGUUCCCCCUCCUCCAGCUCAGCCGGCCCCAGCAUCUCCAGGGCCUGCCCCAGUUAACCCAGUACCUCCAGUGGCCCCUGCCCUGGCUGCUGCCGUCACAGUGCCCCCCUCCGUGAGGCCUGCUUCUCCCCCCCCAGCGCUCUCCUCCUCUGUCAAAGCUGCCCCCUCCGCCACCCCCCCGAGCCCCACGGCCCCUCUCCCACCACCCCUUUCCCUUCCCCUUGUGCCAUCAACCCCGCCGGUGUCCCCCCCUUUCCUGCCUGCUCCCACUGUGCCCCCCAAGGCUGCAGCUUGUCCCCAGGGCCCGGCCCCCCCUCCCGCCAUCCUGGCUGCCCCCAGGGCCCCAUUGUCACCCCCUGGGGUGUCACCGGGGCGUCCUGCUGCUGCCCCAGCCCCUGGUGCUCCGCUCUCUCCAUCGGUUCCAGUCGCUCCUUCUCCUGCCCCGGUGGCUCCGGUUCCUGCCUCCGUGGCUGCAGCAGCUCCUGCUCUGUCCGUGCCCUCUCUGGGACCUGCCACGUCUCCCCCAGGGCCACCACCAGCAGCUGCAGUGAGUCCCGUGUCCCCAGCGGCACCCGCUGCGCCCCCGGCCUCUGUCACACCGGCGGUGGCAGCUCUGCCUGCGGCUAAAGCGGCUCCCGGGAGCCUGCUCCCUGCUCCCGCAGCCCCAGCAAAGGCAGCUCCUGCUGCCCCUCCUGCAGCCAAAGCAGCUCCUGGGAGCCCAGUCCCUGGUCCCUCAGCUCCUGCAGCCCCAGCAAAGGCAGCUCCUGCUGCCCCUCCUGCAGCCAAAGCAGCUCCUGAGAGUCCUGUCCCUGCCACCUCCCUGCCUGUCACCCCUCCAGUGGCAGCUCCUGCCCCUCCUGCAGCCAAAGCAGCUCCUGGGAGCCCGGUCCCUGCUCCCUCAGCUCCUGCAGCCCCAGCAAAGGCAGCUCCUGUGAGCCCUGUCCCUGCUCCCUCAGCUCCAGCAGCUCCUGCCCCUCCUGCAGCCAAAGCAGCUCCUGAGAGCCCUGUUCCUGCUUCACCACCUCCUGCUGCCGCUCCUGCAGCCAAAGCAGCUCCUGGGAGCCUGGUCCCUGCUCCCUCGGCCCCUGCAGCCCCAGCAAAGGCAGCUCCUGUGAGCCCUGUCCCUGCUCCCUCAGCUCCAGCAGCUCCUGCUCCUCCUGCAGCCAAAGCAGCUCCUGAGAGCCCGGUCUCUGCCCUGGCUGCUCCUCCUCCUGCUGCUGCCACGGCAGCUCCAUCACCUCCUGCAGCCAAAGCGGCUCCUGUGAGUCCUGUCCCUGCUCCCUCGGCCCCUGCAGCCCCAGCAAAGGCAGCUCCAGCAGCUCCUGCCCCUCCUGCAGCCAAAGCGGCUCCUGUGAGCCCGAUCCCUGCUCCCUCAGCCCCUGCAGCCCCAGCAAAGGCAGCUCCAGCAGCUCCUGCCCCUCCUGCAGCCAAAGCGGCUCCUGUGAGCCCGAUCCCUGCUCCCUCAGCCCCAGCAAAGGCAGCUCCAGCAGCUCCUGUGAGCCCUGUCCCUGCCACCUCCCUGCCUGUCACCCCUCCAAUGGCAGCUCCUGCCCCUCCUGCAGCCAAAGCAGCUCCUGGGAGCCCGGUCCCUGCUCCCUCGGCCCCGGCCACAGCAGCUCCUGCAGCUCCAGCUGCCCCCCCCGCAGCCAAAAAGCCUCCAAAGAGCAGCUCUGCUGCUGCUGCUGCUCCGGUGCCAGCGGCUGCACCAGCUCCAGCCACCCCCCCUGCAGCCAAAGCACCCCCCAAGAGCCCCGGCGCAGCUCCAGGAGCUCCACCUGCACCCCCAGCCCUGGGGGUUCCUGCUGCUCCCCAGAAGCCACCUCCUGAUGCCGCUGCUCCCCAGAAAGCAGCGGGUGGCUCUGCCCCUUCUCCUGGUCCCCCCGUGAAGAAGCAGAGCCCCGGUAAGGCCCCCAAGCGCCCAUCCCCCUCCAAACCCCCCACCAAAGCCCCCCCGACCAUCGACAAUGACAACGACGACGACGAGGAGCUGCCCCCCCUGAUCCCCCCCGAGCCUCCCGCUGCCGAGCCGCCGGUGCAGCCCAUCCUGAUGGAUCUGUCCCCCCAAGCAGCCGUGGCCCCCCCUGAGGCUCCUGCUCUGGCCAAGCAGCCCGGCCUCAGGAAUGACAAGGGUAUUUGUCCCCACGGUUUGCCGUGUGCAUGGAGUGUCACUGCCUGGAUACUAACCCGCAGAGAGGGGGGGCCCGGGCACCCCCAUGGCACUUGGUGUGUGUCGGUCUCUACAUGGAGGCAGGUUUGAGCCGUGCCGGAGCUGGGGGACAGGGAAGGGACGUGCCCCACGGCCGUGGGGCCGGGGCCUGGCACGGCCCGGUGGCACUAACAGCGUGUGCUCAGGGCACGGUGUGGCUUGUGGCAUGGCUCAGCCUGAGCUGGCUUCACACGGAGAGCUGCCACGUGCCUGUCCCGUGGGGUCGUGUCCAGCAGCCGGGCAUCCAGACGUGCUCCUUCAGGGUCAUUCCCUGUUGAGAAGCUGUGGGAAGGUGCAGCAGGAAUCGGGUUUGUUCCCGGCUGUGGCUCCAAGCGCUGCCUGCACCAGUUUGACACCGGAUUCACCACGCCGAGUGCGAACCUGAGCACGUGGCUCUUGCUUCUUGCUGCAUGAGGUGCAUGAAGUGACGUGUGUUUGGU